UAUAUAACAAUAUCAAUUGUCAAAGUCAAACUCAAACGUCAUAAUCAUACUGUCAUAGUGACAAGUUGACAACUGACAUUUAUGGCUUGAACCUUGGUUUUGGAGUACCUAUUUAUAUUUUCUGUAAUUCCAAAAAAUCGUAAUAAAUUUUUAAAAUGCUCACUUCGUCGCUUAUGGGCGGUCUCCGAGCGGCUCGCGCUUCGGUUAUGGUUACGAGGAACCUAGCCGCGACACAAAAGGCAGUUGAUCCUAUCCAGCAGUUGUUCCUCGACAAAAUUAGGGAAUAUAAACAAAAAAGCGCUGGAGGCAAACUAGUGGACCCAAGUCCAAAUAUUGAAAAGGAGUUGAAGACUGAGCUUGAAAAGCUGGAGCGCCAGUUUGGAGGAGGCUCUGGAGUUGAUAUGACGUCAUUCCCAGCCUUCAAGUUUGAAGAGCCCAAACUAGACCCCAUUGAUGAGCAAGCUGCUGCACCUGCCAAGAAGUGAAAUUAGGGAAAACAUAGAAACCAUAAGUGAUAGUCAUAAUAUAAACUUGUUUAAAGGUUAAAUAAAACCUGUAAAGCUUAAA